UCUCCAAAAAAAGGAAUUGAUUACUUGAUCCAGCACAAGAUUCUCACCAUGGAAUCUGCUGAUAUUGCUCGCUUCCUCUCCCACGAGGACAUCAGCCGCCAAGCUGUCGGGGAAUACUUUGGUACCCUUUCUGAUGCCAUGGCAACCAAAGUUGCAAUGUAA